AUGCAGAUUUUCGUCAAGACUCUCACGGGCAAGACCAUCACCUUGGAGGUCGAGUCCAGCGACACUAUUGACAAUGUCAAGUCGAAGAUUCAGGAUAAGGAGGGUAUCCCUCCUGACCAGCAGCGCUUGAUUUUCGCUGGCAAGCAGCUCGAGGAUGGCCGCACUCUUUCCGAUUAUAACAUCCAGAAGGAAUCUACUCUGCACCUGGUUCUCCGUCUUCGUGGUGGCAUGCAAAUCUGGUCGCCCGCUGACUCAUUGAUAACAGUCGUCAAGACCCUCACUGGCAAGACCAUUACUCUCGAGGUGGAAUCCAGCGAUACCAUUGAUAACGUUAAGUCGAAGAUCCAGGACAAGGAGGGUAUCCCUCCUGACCAGCAGCGUCUGAUUUUCGCUGGCAAGCAGUUGGAGGAUGGCCGCACCUUGUCCGACUAUAACAUUCAGAAGGAAUCGACUCUCCACCUCGUCCUUCGUCUUCGUGGUGGUAUGCAAAUCUUCGUUAAGACUCUCACGGGAAAGACUAUCACAUUAGAAGUAGAGUCUUCAGACACCAUCGACAAUGUCAAGAGCAAGAUCCAGGAUAAGGAGGGUAUCCCUCCUGAUCAACAGCGUCUCAUCUUUGCUGGAAAGCAACUUGAAGAUGGCCGUACCUUGUCUGAUUACAAUAUCCAAAAGGAAUCCACACUGCAUCUGGUCCUCCGUCUGCGUGGUGGCAUGCAGAUCUUCGUCAAGACUCUCACCGGAAAGACCAUUACCCUGGAGGUGGAGUCCUCCGACACGAUUGACAACGUGAAGAGCAAGAUCCAAGACAAGGAGGGCAUCCCUCCUGACCAGCAGCGUCUCAUCUUCGCUGGUAAGCAGUUGGAAGAUGGGAGGACCCUCUCCGAUUACAAUAUUCAAAAGGAGAGCACGCUCCACCUGGUGCUGCGUCUGCGUGGUGGAUGCUAA